AUGAAAUAUAUCGUUUUCUUCCCUUUGGGGGAAAACGUUCCUUAUUUCAUGGUCUGUGCCGUCGGCUUGACCAUAAUGAGAGGUGCGAAGUGUUAUACUCUAUGUAAAAAACUAAGAUAUUGGGUUACAUCAGCUGGAUCAGGUUUCUUCGGAUCUAGGUUCAUUUUAUUACAUCUCGUUACCCAAGCUUUCCAUGAUGCGGCGUACGUUUUUAAAGAAGACUUUCUCCAAGAUCCUUUGAAUAAUUCAAAGUCUUCUUGGGCCCAUGAAGAUGUGAUUUCUGACCACCCCGUAUCAACCAGGCCUCCAAGCGUAGAUUUCGCGCGUCCGGGAGAGGAACGUUCUGUGUCGCGUCCGAUAGAUGAUGCUGUAAAUUUCGAAUGCAAAUCGGACGGUCCAGUGCUCUUCGUCUCAGAUCCACCCUCCAAAAAACUCGUUCCCAUCUUGGUGGAGCUAGGAUGCAAGAUGCGUUCUGUUACUCUGAAGGAUGUUGAACAAGAUAAGGUCGUGAAGACCGUAGCUGCUCAUUUAAAAAAGACCGGUAAAGUUAAGGUGCCAGAACACAUGGAUCUGGUGAAGACUGGUCGGUUCAAGGAAUUGGCACCAUAUGAUCCUGAUUGGUUUUAUGUUCGUUGUGCUGCUGUUCUACGUCACAUUUAUAUCCGCUCGCCUGUCGGAGUGAAAACUGUCACCAAAAUAUUUGGAGGCCGUAAACGCAAUGGAGUCACACCAUCGCAUUUCUGCAGAUCAUCAGGAAGCAUUGCACGAAAGGCAUUGCAAGCACUUGAAGCUCUAAAAUUGGUAGAAAAGGUCCCUGAUGGUGGUCGCAUCCUCACAUUUCAAGGCAGACGGGAUUUAGACAGAAUCGCCGCACAAGUCCGCCAAAAAGCGAAACAGCAAGCUAAGCAGAGUGUGAUUGUACUGUAA